AUGUCAAGACUCAAGCUCCAUGAUGAUGAUGUCGAUCUCGCUGCGAAAGGGAAAGGUGUGGUGGAGUCGUCUCUAGAGUCUACUUUACUUCGUAGCAGGGGCGUUGAGGAGGCGUUCUCGUCAGUACGUGGUGCACGUAGUAAUCCUGUCGUGUUGUGUCGUGGCAAGAAACGAGACACCAAAUAUUACGAAUAGAAUGAUGGGACGGCAGACUCAGCUGCAUCCGCGGAUGACGGGCCGUACGGAGGAUUGUUCUUAUGUUUGUUUAUUCGACUGCAACCGUUCCGAUUGAGGGAGAAGGCAAGGUCUGGGGCCCGAGAGGAGAUGGGAGAUGGAGAAGAUGAUUCUGCUCAUCUGCUCAGAGUCUCCGUCUCAGUCUCAGGGUCCCUGGUGAUAUCUGAGAUAUCUCAUCAUCUCCUCCGCUUUCCCUGUCUCCUGGAUGCUGGUCGUGCAGCGUGCAGCGUGCAGCGGAGCCCGUAGCUACGGCCACCACGAUCCAGAAUCAAAGCAGCAGCCACGGCUCUUUCUAUGCCAGGCCUUCUGGCAGCAUGGAGCAAUGGACCAUGGCCAUCCGGACCAACUGGACAUCUCAGGCUCGGACGGGGCAGCGGUGCGAAGUAGAAGUAGAAAGCCAGAUGGAUGCAAAAUCAGGGGCGGCGAUUGGCCUCACCAACUUCACCAAGAAAGUUGUGAAAGUCGUCAUUGCCGCUUUUGCCAUCAACCGCAGAGCCCUGCAACCGGGGUCUCUCGCUUAA